AUGGAGUCCCAGCCAGGACCCUCCAUCCACUUCCAUUGCCUUCCUCAUCUUACAGUGGCCUGGAUCAGUUUCCUGAGCCGAGUAACAGCCGGCAGAGUUCAGACCCGCCGCCCGAGCCAGAAUGGUGAGAUAAUGACCGAGCCCCGUUUGAGGCUGCACGCCGUCAUUCCGAUUUCACCCGCAGCCCACUUUCUGCUCUUCCACUGUUCACUCAGGCUGUUUUUUCCUCUUUCAUCCCAGGCGAAGUUCCUGACACAGGAUCAGAUCAAUGAUUUUAAGGAGUGUUUCUCUCUUUACGACCGCCAGCGGAAGGGGAAGAUCGAAGCCCGGGAGCUGAUCACGGUGAUGCGAUGCCUCGGGUCAAACCCCACCCCCUCCGAGGUCCAACGACACCUGCUGAGCCACAACAUAGACCGGGGCGGAGAGCUGGACUUCUCCACCUUCCUGAGCAUCAUGCACCGGCAGCUCCAGCAGGAGGCACCGGAGCAGGAGAUCCUGGAGGCCUUGAGGAUGGCCGACAAGGAGCAGAGAGGCUUCAUCCUCGCCUCUGAACUGCGAGCCAAACUCACAGGGCUGGGAGAGAAACUGACUGACGAAGAGGUGGACGAGCUGCUGAAGGAGGCGGGCGUUGGGGCUGACGGACGGGUCCACUGUGAGCGGUUUGCUAAAGCGGUGACACGCUCCUCUGCAAAGCGCUGA